AUGAAAGAAGCAAUUGUCGCCAAAGGCCUCAACGUCACGGUUCAGGAUGUCGCCAUCCCCGAGCCCCAGCCUGACCAGGUCAUCAUUCAGGUCGUUGUCUCCGGCAGCAACCCCAAGGACUGGAAGUUGCCCGAACUCGUGCCCGACUACAACGCAAACAGCGGCGACGACAUUGCCGGCAUCGUCCACAGCGUCGGUUCCAAUGUGUGGGAGUUCAAGAAGGGCGAUCGAGUAGCGAGUUUCCACGAAAUGAUGACGCCUGGCGGCAGCUUCGCCGAGUACGCGGUAGGCUGGCAACAUACCACAUUCCACCUGCCGAGGGAUCUGAGCUUUGAAGAUGCUGCAACAAUCCCCCUCGCAGCUAUGACAGCAGCCCUGGGCAUGCACCAGCGCCUCGGCCUGCCCGACCCCUGGACUCCAGCAACAGAGCCCACGCCCCUCGUCGUGUACGGCGGCGCAGCGGCAGUCGGCGCCUACGCCAUCAAGCUCGCGAACCUGGCUAAUAUCCACCCAAUCAUCGCAGUUGCCGGGCGCGGUGAGAAGUUUGUCGAAGGACUGAUUGAUCGCAGCAAAGGCGACACCAUAGUUGAUUACCGCAAGGGCAACGAGGCGGUUGUGCAAGGCAUCAAGGAUGCGCUGAAGGGCCAGAAGUUGUGGUACGCGUUUGACGCCACGUCUGAGCAUGGAAGUUACACCAACAUUGUGCAAGUGUUGGAGCCGACGGGGCAUUUGACAGUCGUCCUUCCGGGCAAGAAGUACGAGGGAGUUCCCGAGUCUGUCAAGCUGACGACCACGAAUGUCGGUGCGAGCCACAAGGACGACAAGGACUACGCGUACAUCAUGUUCAGGUACUUUGCGAGGGGUUUGGCUGAGGGUUUUUUCAAGCCGCACCCUUACGAGGUGAUUCCUGGUGGACUUGAGGGCGUGCAGAAGGGGCUGGAGAAUUUGAGGGACGGGAAAGCGAGCGGUGUCAAGUACGUGUUCAGGAUUGGAGAGACCCAGGGAGUCAAGCGUGCCUUGUAA